UCCAUACACGUCUAGUCUCGAAAACGAUGAUUAGCGGCUCCAAGAACCCUAGUCUGUUGUCGGUGCUGUUUUGUCUUGUUGUCUUGGAAAACUCCCACCUCAGUUUUCUUCGUCAUUUUUCACAUCCCAAUAUGCACCCAUCAUAUUCACAUUCAUUCUUUUAACUUUCCUGCUCCCUAAGGACCGUUUCCAAUUUCCCCUACCCAAAUAUUUUCAAUCUCCACUCAGAAACAUGGUUAGAGCGGAAUAAUGAUGAAUGUAUAGUAUGAAAGCUGUUGUGGAGCGAUUAACACAUUAUUGAAGGUUUUGUGUCUCACUCCCAUCAUAGCUAGUGUAGUGCUACUUGCAUUGCAUUGAGGAUGAUAGUGAAAGCCUGUGAUAAAGGGGAAGUGGAAGGAUCUAAGUCCGUAGGUAAGAUACUGGCAAGAUGGAAAAAAUACAAUGCCCAACUUGAUUCCUGCAAUGAUGCGGACAAGCCUGUUCGAAAAGUUCCGGCAAAAGGAUCAAAGAAAGGGUGUAUGAAGGGUAAAGGAGGGCCUGAGAACUCACGGUGUAAUUAUAGAGGUGUUAGGCAAAGGACUUGGGGGAAAUGGGUUGCUGAAAUCCGUGAGCCGAACAGAGGGAAAAGGUUAUGGCUAGGUACUUUUUUGACUGCCAUUGGUGCUGCUCUUGCAUACGAUGAAGCAGCCAGGGCAAUGUAUGGUUCUUGUGCCCGCCUCAACUUUCCCAAUGUUUCGGUUCCGAGAUUCUCCGAGGAAUCUUCAAACGAUUCUCCAGCUGCGAAUCACUCCAAUUCAUCAAUGACAGGUUCAGCAAAUUCCGAGUCCAUGAUAAUGCCAAAUAACUUGGGGAUAGGAGCAAAAGACGGUAAUGACAUGGAACCGAUUUCGUUAACCUUAAGCGUAAAACAGGAGAAUGAGGAAGGUGUGAAUUAGGGAUAAAUUAGUCCCUUCCUUCUUGUUCAUGAUGUACAUUUUGCAUACUGCGGUUCGGAUAUGACAUGAAUAUUUAGCUCUUGUACUUACUAAUGACCAGCUUAAGGGUAAUGAAACUUGAUGGUUGGUCAUAUGAUUUAGCUUUUGUAAUUUGUAAAACCAAAAUGAACUUGGUUGGAAAAUGGUUAUGACCAAAUGCACUCUUGAUAUUGAAUCAAGUUUUAACCUCAUAAGAAGUGAAAUGCUUUCUACAUUUCUUCUA